UCUCGUUCCUGAUAAUGCAACUGCUGCGUCAACACUUACCAACCUUACCUUAGAAUAGAAAAAUCCCAGUGCAUCUAGUCAUCCUCUAAUGGUCCUCUUACCAUUUUCAUGCUCACACACAAUAGAGAUAACAGAAACGAGCUUUGACAGAGACGAGUAAAAAAACCAUUUGGCACGCCUUUCCUCGUAGAUUCGUCUUUAUAAAAGUACUUGAGUGUGUUUGGAAAAAAAAACUGCAAUUUCAAUGGCUAAGGCAUCAGAUUUUUCCAAGGGAUUGCUCCAAAGUGAAGAGCUCUACAAAUAUAUACUGGAGACGAGUGUGUACCCACGCGAGCCAGAGGCUCUCAAGGAGCUUAGGAGAGUUACUCAUAACCACCCUAUGGCUACGAUGGCUACUGCACCGGACGCUGGCCAGUUAAUGGAGAUGCUGCUGAAUCUCGUGAAUGCAAGGAAGACUAUCGAAGUUGGGGUUUUCACUGGAUACUCUCUUCUCCUCACUGCUCUUGCAUUACCAGAAGAUGGCAAGGUUAUAGCCAUUGAUGUGAACAGAAGCACAUAUGAACUAGGGUUGCCUGUGAUCAAGAAGGCUGGUGUCGAACACAAGAUUGAUUUCAGAGAGUCUGAAGCUCUUCCUGUCCUCGACGAGCUUUUAAACCAUAAAGAGAACGAGGGUGGAUUUGAUUUCGCAUUUGUGGAUGCGGACAAGGUGAGUUACUUGAAGUACCAUGAGAGGCUUGUGAGACUGAUCAAGGUAGGUGGGAUCAUAGUGUAUGACAACACCCUGUGGGGAGGAUCAGUUGCUGAACCUUACGACUCGUCCAUGCCCGAGGGGAAGAGAGAAGCAAAGAAAACAAUCCUCGAGCUGAACAAGAAACUCUCGGCUGAUCAGCGUGUGCAGAUCUCGCAAGCUGCUCUUGGUGAUGGUAUCACUAUUUGCAGGAGACUAUAUUAGUUAAGCUUAAUGAUGUUGUCGUGCUCUUUGUUGGUUAUGUGACUGAUGAGUAGACUGUUGUAUUCAAUAAAAAAAAGAAGAAGAAAAAAAGUUCAAUAA